CACUAUUCGAAUUUCGAUUUUUCGAUCAACCCCAGGGCACGCUGGUCUUCUCUCUCACUCAAGAACACUGAUCCCACUCCUCAGAAAUGAGACAUUCAUGGCGAUUGUUGUUUUUCCGGAAUUGCACUCGCUCGUCUCUCAGAAGCCCUGCUUAUCCCUUCCAUCCUCAUUUGCAGGUACACUCCUCUCCUCGCUCUUUCUAUUCGCUCCUCACUCCUUCAUUUCAAGUUAAUUUGUCGGACCCUACGAACCCCAUAAAUUCCAAAAUCCCAAUUUGUCGCAAUUUCUCAUCUGAACCACUGGUUGAAAAGGAAACGGAUCAUUGUUUUCUUAUAUCUGAUAUUUUCACUAAAUUUACUGACUUCAAUGAUAUUAACAAAGAAUUGGAGUUGAACGGUGUUGUUAUUAACUAUGAAUUGGUAUUGAAAGUGUUGAAGUCCCUUGAGUUCAGCCCUGAUGUGGCUCGAAGGUUUUUCGAUUGGGUUUUGGAGAGAAACUCUGAAAGAUUGAGCUCCAAAGCUUAUAAUUUGAUGUUAGGGAUUCUGGGUGUUAAUGGAUCCGUUGAGCAGUUUUGGGCUUUAGUUGAAACCAUGAAGAAAAAAGGUUAUGGUGUGUCAAAGGGUGUACGGGAUAAAGUAGUGGAGAAAUUUGAGAAGGAAGGAUUAAGGAGUGAUGUGGAGCAGCUGAAAGCAGUUUUUGCAACAGGAUCUACGGAUAAAUCUGUGGAAAAAGUUGGUUUGAGGGCCAGCAGAAUUGUUAGGAAUCAAGUAUGGGGAGAGGAUGUUGAACAGAAAAUUAAGGAUUUAGAUGUAGCAUUUUCAAGUAAUUUUGUGAAGAUUGUGUUGGAGAAUUUAGCUAUGGAACCUAUGAAAGCGUUGAUAUUUUUUAGGUGGGUUGAGGAGAGUGAGCUGUUUAAGCAUGAUGAAAGGAGUUAUAAUGCAAUGGCUACAGUUUUGGGAAGGGAAGAUUGUCUAGACCGGUUUUGGAAGGUAGUUGAUGAAAUGAGGAGCAAUGGAUAUGAAAUGGAGAGGGAGACAUAUGUUAAGGUUUUGGGACGGUUUAUCAAGAGGAAAAUGAUUAAGGAGGCUGUGGACUUGUAUGAGUUUGCAAUGAGUGGUGCUAAUAAGCCUUCAGUGCAAUGCUGCACCUUUUUGUUGAAGAAGAUAGUUGUUGGUAAAGAAUUGGAUAUGAAUUUGUUUUCAAGGGUUGUAAGGAUAUUUGUUGGAAAUGAGUAUGUAUUGACAGAUUCUAUGCUUGAUGCAGUUCUGAAAUCUCUAACAACUGUUAGUAGAUUUGGAGAGUGCAAUACAGUUUUGAAAGAGAUGAAGGAAGGCGGAUUUCUACCUAGUGGUAGUCAGCAGAGAAAGAUUGCAUUCAGGCUUAGUCAUGCUGGUAACCAUGAUAAAGUGAAUGAAUUUAUGGAUCAUAUGGAAGCAUCUGGUAGUGAUUUGGAUUACAAGGCAUGGACAUCUUUAAUUGAAGGGCACUGUGCAUCUGGGGAUCUUGAAAAUGCAUCUGCUUGUUUCCAAAACAUGAUUGAAAAGGAGGGAGUUUCUAAUGCUAAUUAUGCCUUUGAAUCUUUAGUAAAUGCAUAUUGUUACAAGAAAAGAGCUAUAGAUGCAAGCAAGCUUCUGCAUGGCUAUGUUUGUAAUAAUCAAUUAGAGCCUCGGCAUACUACCUACAAAGGAUUGAUAAAUAAAUUAUUGGUUCAGGAUGGGUUUUCAGAUGCCUUGAAUCUAUUGGAUUUAAUGAAAAGUCAUGGUUUUCCUCCCUUUGUGGAUCCGUUUAUUAAGCACGUAUCAAGGUCUGGAACAAGUGAUGAUGCAAUUGCUUUUAUGAAGGCUAUGACUUGCAAAAGGUUUCCAUCUACAUCUGUGGUUCUUCGUUUAUUCAGAGCCUUUUUCAAGGCUGGGAGGCAUGCUGAAGCACAAGAUUUCCUGUCCAAAUGUCCACGUUACAUCCGUAAUCAUCCCGACAUUCUAAACCUUUUUUGCUCAAUGAAAUCUGGUAAAAGUAUUGCAUCUGCUGCUGUGGCUGUCUAGACAUUGUUGGAAUGUACAACAUUUUGUAUGUUGUGAGGUCGAUGUACUUUGGCAUUUGUUCAAAAGUUUUGGUAUAAAAAUUUUUUGACACUCUCUUUGAACUUUUCCUUUAGAGUAAUAAUCAACUUUGGUUACUUGAAAUAAAACCAUAUUAGAUCAAGUUUCCAAAAAAAAAUGUUGCCUUUAUGUUACAGAAGCUUCCCUUUUCUGGCAGUUUCUAUUAUUGUCAUUAUUGUUCAUGACUCCCUAAGAGAUUGAAUAAAUGGUUAUGUUUAAUUAUUAGGGGAGACCAAGGAAA